AUGCACGUCCUCCUCCUGCUUGCUGCCGUAGGGGCUUGCUGGGCGCAGUACAGCCCCAACACGCUCCCCGGCAGGACGUCCAUUGUGCAGCUCUUCGAGUGGCGCUGGGCCGAUAUUGCGCUGGAGUGUGAACGCUACCUGGCACCCAAUGGGUUUGGAGGAGUGCAGGUUUCACCUCCAAAUGAAAAUAUUGUCCUUACUAACCCAAACAGACCCUGGUGGGAAAGAUACCAGCCUAUCAGCUACAAGCUCUGCACGCGAUCGGGAAAUGAAAAUGAGUUCAGAGACAUGGUGACCAGAUGCAACAAUGUUGGAGUUCACAUUUACGUGGAUGCUGUUGUCAACCACAUGUGUGGGGCUGCGGGUGGCUCGGGCAGGCAUUCUUCCUGUGGAAGCUAUUUUAAUGCUGGGAACAGAGAUUUUCCAGCUGUGCCGUACUCCGGUUGGGAUUUCAAUGACGGCAAAUGUCGAACUGGAAGCGGAGAAAUUGAAAAUUAUGGUGAUAUGUACCAGGUCCGAGACUGCCGCUUGUCUAGCCUGCUUGAUCUGGCCCUGGAGAAGGACUACGUACGCUCAAAAGUUGCAGAAUACAUGAACUACCUCAUUGAUAUUGGUGUAGCAGGAUUCCGAAUUGAUGCUGCCAAGCACAUGUGGCCUGGGGACAUAAGAGCAUUUCUGGACAAGCUGAAAAAUCUGAACACUAAAUGGUUUUCUGCAGGAACAAAACCUUUCAUUUACCAGGAG